AACUUCAGAGAUACACAAUCGCCAACGAUUCUCUUGCGAGAGAGUGUGUCAAUCGCAAUGGAGAAUCUCCUCUCCGUCGCAUUCGACAACCUCUCCUCUCGCGACGGCCAGAAGAUUCGCAAAGGAUGCCGCCAGGUCGAAAACCUCCUUGCCCAGAUCCUACUCUCGAAACCCAACUCCCGUUCACCGCACAAGAGGAAGUCAUCGGCCUUGAACGACACAAAGCAACAAGGCACAUCUAAACAACUUGACGAACUCAAGCAAGACCCGGCUUUUCGCGAAUUCUUCCGUCUCCAAGAAGGAUUCCAAUACAAUGUCGCCUCUCGCUUGAUGUCAACGCUCGAAUGCCUCAUGGGCAUGGGCAAUCCGUCAUCCACCGACCUCCUUAUUCUCGCCGCGCUCGACCUCCUCCAAGGCGUACUCCUCCUACAUCCACCCUCGAAAUGCCUUUUCCACCGCGAGAUCCACAUGAACAUGCUUCUUGACCUCCUCGACGCCUCCAACCCUCCCAAAAUACAAUCGCAUGCGCUCCUUGUACUCGUUGCCGCAUUACUCGGCCAACCACGGAACACCCGCACAUUUGAAGCCAUCGACGGCCUUCUCACUGUCACCAGUCUAUUCAAGUCACGGUCAACCACGAAAGAGGUCAAGAUGCGCUCGUUGGAGUUCCUAUACUUCUACCUCAUGCCGGAGGUCCCUACACUACCCUUCACGAGCAGCAGCGCACCGAAUACUGCGGUCAUGGGGAGGAAUGGUGCGGGCAAGCAUGACCUGCGGGCGGAUCAUGCGAGAACACAUUCGGGAGACAUGGACAUCGACGACAAUGACUUGGACACGAGGAGUACGGACGACAAGCAGAUGCUGCUGGGCCGAUAUUUGAGCAAUGUCGCGGAGCUGGUGGGCGACUUGGAAGAAAGUGCGCCAUUCAGCGCUAUUGCGGCGUGA